AACACACGCGUACCGUGUCGGAUAACGAUUGGGAUGUCGGGCUUCUCCGACGGUCAAAAAACUAGCCGUUGCCAUUCCGCUCCUCUCCUCCCCUCCACAUCCCCCAGAACUCGCCCCUCUCCAAACCUCAUGCCCGGGACUAGCCCUGGAGGAUCUGAAUCUCAUGGGAGCGGCUUCGAACGGUGCAGCAGUAGCAGAACGCCGAGCCCUGGUUCAGCUUUUGCAGAAGCACUAAAUGAACUCAUAGGAUCUGCAGUGGUGGAGAUCUUGCAUGUGAUUGGUCAAUGGCAAGCUGAGCAACAAAAGCAAGUCCAGUAUUUCCAGAUGAGAAACCGAGGAAGAAGUCAUAGAGAGAACAAAAAAAAGCCAAGGAAAAGCUGCACUAAAGGUCAUGGAUGAACAUGGUGUCAUCUCCAAGUCUCUGGAUACUGCAACUCCAUCUGAUUCACCUCCAUCUCCUGUUCCUAAAACAGAGGAUACCUUCCAAGGGAUGUCAAUGGAUUAACUUGGUUUUGCACUCUUUAGCUUUCUGUACAGAAAGUUAAUAUUUGUAUUCAUAUCUUGAUGCUGUAUUAGAGGGUGGGCUCACUGCAGAAUGCAAUGAUCCAUGAAAUAGGUAAUUAGGAGCUUUUUUCUGGCUUUACAUUCGGCAAGCCAUUCCUCAUGCUUGAUUCUUAGACAUAAUGAUGGUUAGUUGUUUUCUGGCAUAAAUAUUGAAUGCAGCAGCAGUUGCAUUUUUCUCCCUUUUUUCAUUUUUAGAGACAAGGAAGAGUCGGACUCCACCAGACCUUGUUGAGAGAUGAAGGUAACAAAAGGAAUUUCUGUGCAUUUUUAUCCCAA